AUGACCUUCCUCCAAGGCCAGUGUGAUGAUGACUGCUAUUCUCCCUGCAAUUACGGGAGCCUGUAUAGUUACCGGAGCUAUGACUGUGGGAGCCCCUGUGGCUACCGGGGCUAUGGGGGCCUCUAUGGCUACCGGGGCCUCUACAGCCUUGGGGACCGGUACGGCUAUGGUGGUCUGUAUGGUUACCGGGGCAUUUAUGGCUCUGGGGACUCCUAUGGCUAUGGGGGUCUCUAUGGCGGCUAUAGGGGCUUCUAUGGCUCUGGGGACUGCUAUGGCUGCCCAGGCUUUUACUCUGGCCGCUAUGGCUACCCCUUCAGUUCACGAUACGGCCAAAGGUUCGGCUAUGGGAGCUGCUACCCCUGCUAA